AUGAGCGGCCUCGCGACCAAACAACAGUCGCUCAAGAUCUUUGAGAAGCUCAAGUCCAAACCGGCCAACAAGAUAUGCUUUGACUGCGGCCAGAAGAACCCGACGUGGACGUCGGUGCCGUUUGGCAUCUACCUCUGCCUCGACUGCUCCUCCAACCACCGCAACCUCGGCGUCCACAUUUCCUUUGUGAGGUCCACCAACCUCGAUCAGUGGCAAUGGGACCAGCUGCGCAUGAUGAAGGUUGGCGGCAACGAGUCGGCGACCAAGUUCUUCCAACAAAACGGCGGCACCGCGGCAUUGAACAGCAAAGACUCCAAGACAAAGUAUCAGUCCAACGCGGCCACCAAGUACAAGGAUGAGCUGAAGCGUCGCGCGGCUCGCGACGCCAGGGAGUUCCCCGGCGAAGUCGUCGUUACCGAGGCGGGCGAAGGCGACGUGGCCUCACCGUCCGCUGGAGACGCCGACGACGACUUCUUCUCCUCCUGGGACAAGCCCGCGAUCAAGCGCCCCACCCCCCCCAUCUCGCGCACGGCCACUCCUCCCGUCACCGAAGGCACCGCAGAUGCCAAGCCGGCCGCGAGCCGCAUCACCACCUCGGCCGCUCUGCGCAAGACGGCGACGACUGGAGGACCCCGGAAGGCCAACGUCCUCGGUGCCAAGAAGACGACGAAGCUCGGUGCCAAAAAGGUGACAGGCGAUGCCAUCGACUUUGACGAGGCGGAGAAGAAGGCCAAGGAAGAGGCGGAGCGCAUUGCCAAGCUGGGCUACGACCCGGAAGCCGAGGAGGAGCAGAGCGCAAAGACGGCGGCAUCCGCAACGGGCGCUGCUGCCAUCAUGUCCCCGACCCCCGUGAUCCCGUCCGCGGGAAGCUCCAGCUCUCAUACGCGACAAAAGUCCAACGCCGAGGUCGAGAGACUGGGCAUGGGCAUGGGACGCCUCGGUUUCGGACAGAUUGGAGGUGGCAAGGCCUCGCAGGCUCAGCCGGCCAAGAAGAACUCGGGCGGCUUCGGCUCCGUCGGGCCCGUCAAGGCCAAGGUCGAAGAUGACUCGGAAAACUACGCGCGCUCCAAAUUUGGCGCGCAAAAGGGCAUCUCUUCCGACGAGUACUUUGGCAAGGGCACGUUUGACCCCAACGCCCAGGCCGAGGCCAAGACUCGGUUGCAAGGAUUCGAGAGUGCCACGGCCAUUUCCUCCAACGCCUACUUUGGACGGCCAGAGGAAGAAGCCGAGGAGGACUAUGGCGAUCUUGAGUCUGCGGCCAAGGAUUUUGUUCGCAAGUUUGGCAUCACGGCCAGCGACGAUCUCGAGAACCUGAGCAAUGUGCUGGGCGAGGGCGCCACCCGGCUCCAGGGUGCCAUACGCGCGUACCUCGGCAGCUAA